GUUAUCACUCGUACUUAUCAGUUUCAGUUGCUACAGCUAAGCAUGUACGCAAAAAAUUAAAAAUCAUAAUUACGCUACAUGCUACAUUUAUUCGUAUAGUUUCGGCGAAUUAAUCUAUAACGAUGGUGGAUGUGGCGGAUAUAGAAAACUUUGUGCUAACUACUUGUAUCAUGAAAUGCGUAAAUUUUGCUGCCAUUAAACAUCGACAACAACGAAGAAACGACGCAGAACAAACACCGUAUAUAAACCACCCAAUCGGGGUAGCGUAUAUACUAUCAAAUGAAGGAAAAGUCACCGAUUUGAACGUCAUAUUAGCUGCUUUAUUACACGAUACUGUCGAAGAUACAGACACUACUCUCGAAGAAAUAAGUCGAGCUUUUGGAGAGUCGAUUGCGGAUAUAGUAGCAGAAGUAACCGAUGAUAAAUCGUUGCCGAAAGAGAGACGGAAAGAGUUACAGAUUGAACACGCUCCUGGCUGUAGUUACGCAGCGAAACUGGUCAAAUUGGCAGAUAAGUUGUACAAUUUAAGGGAUCUAGAAAGACAAACGCCUGUUGGAUGGACCGAACAAAGAGUACAAGAGUAUUUCAAGUGGGCUAAACAAGUGGUUAACGGUUUGAAAGGAACAAACUCGAAAAUUGAAAGUGAAUUGGAGAAGUUAUUUGCCAAGCAUAUAAUUGAUUAAUCGUUGAAAAGCUUUUAUUGUAUCAAAGAGAUCUAUUAUGUCCAACAAUAAAUAUACAUAAGCUAUUUUUCAAAUGAAAUAUAUCUAAGUAACGGAGUA